AUGAAAUACGGCGAACAGCUCGAGCAGGAAUCCGUUCCAGAAUGGAGUUUACAUAACGUCGAUUACAACUCGCUCAAGCAUGAGAUCAAGGUUCACACGAGCCGCGACCAGGCGACCGCAAUCGCCAUCCCCGGUCACCAAGAUGCCGCUCUCAAGCGGUUUGAGGACAAUCUCUACCACGAGCUUUGCCAACAGCACGACCGAGUCGAUCUUUUCGUCUCUAGCAAGGCGGACGAGCUUUCGCGCCGAUUGCAAUACAUCGCCGACCAGCUUCAAAAGUUGAUUGUCAAAUGUGCCGAGGAAGGCCACAGCAUUUCGAUCAAACAGCACCGCCGGUUCGCCAAGUACGAGAGGGACCUGCUUCGCUGCGGAGAAGAAACUCUCGCGCUCGCUCGCUUCAUUAAUGCCCAGAUAACGGCUUUCCGAAAGAUUACGAAGAAGUACAAGAAAUGGACGGGAUCAUCCACACUCGGCGCACGCUUUCGCGAAAACGUGCUCGCCAAUCCCAAGAGCUUCACCCGUCGCGACCUGAAUAACCUACAGACACGCUACGAGGAGUUGCUCAACACUCUCCGCACCUCCACACCCCAAUUGAGCGAGCCCAGCUCGCCUUCCUCGGACGAGCAGACACCCACACGGCGAGGGUCUACCGCAGAGAGUUUCUUCGCGCCAUUACCACCUGCAGAGCGAAUCCCUCGAAAGCCUGUUCAACAGCAACAGCACUACUGGAAUGAAUAUGACGAUGGCAGCGAGAAUGGUGGACAAGAAGAAGAAUACGCCAUCUACAUCAAUCCCGACGAAGAUAUGAGCUUUCCUGGUUUGGACUCGAUGCGUGCGAUUCUUGCCGCGCCCUUCCGUCACGCAAAGACAUGGUUUUCACGGCGGCAGAAUCCUGAAGGGCAGCGAUUGUUGGGUAGCGAACCUUUCCUGCAGAGCUACGGCGGCAUUUCACCACUUGGCACGGAUACCGACGAGUACGCGAGCUCCGAUGGCAUGCCCACAAACGGAUACGCCACACACUAUGCUACGCUACCCAGCAUCAAUGAGCAGCAAGUGCGACGAUACCGCGAGCGCGUUUUGUUCUGGGCCACCGUUGGCUGUUUCGGUGUAUCUUUCCUACUACUCCUUGUGGCUGGCAUUCUCAUUUCAACGGGCCGCCACAAGCUCCGCGCUGAGGUUGACGCAGGCGUGAUAGUCGGCGUCGUGGCCAGUCUCUUCAGCGCCUGCCUCGCCCUGGGCAUGUCGCUCUAUCGGCGCGACGACUUGGGCAUCUGGCAACGUGUAGCUGUGUAUAGCAGCUUCUUCACAGCCUGUGUGCUCAACGGCAUGCUGCUGAUCCUGGUGGUGGGGAACGCGGCAUAG